CCAAGUCUUCCAGUGGCCAAACUUCUAGGCAACCAAUCAGAGACAUCUGCCAUGUGGAGACGGAGACUCUAGCAGAAAAUGAGACAGCCAUUACUGAUGCUGAGGUGGCCCUAAAUGUCCAUCAAGAAGGCUCUGACACAGAAAUAGACAACAUCAUGCAUGUCAGUCCUGCCCUUGCAGAUGUGAACAUUGGCAUUGUAGAAGAGGAGGUACCAUGGUCCAGUAUUGCACCAGAUAAACCUUUUUCGCCACUACUAUUCGUACAUGACAUUGAUGAUGACUAUCAAGAAUCUCAAUCACCACCAUCCUCCUCUGGCUCCAUAGUUGUGGAUACACCCUCCCAUGCAAAGACUGCCACUGUCACCAGUACAAGGACUUUAGCUACUGCUUCCAAGAGCACUCCCCUUCCAGAAAAACCUUCCCCGUCAGCACAACCCAGUGUCAGUGGUAACCGCAAAUCUAAGGUAUGGGAGCAUUUCAUAACAGUUGGGGAUGGUCGCUUGGCCAAAUGUAAGCUAUGUGGCAAGGAAGUAAGUUGUGGCAAAGUCUUGGGGCAUCUCACCAAUGCAGGAAUGGAUAACCAUCUGAGGACACACCACAAGGCAGUGUUGAUGAGAGAAGAAAGUGGUUUGGCAGCUCCACCAAGUAAAAGAAAGGGAAGUAGUAGUGCUAGUUCCAGUGCUACUAUGAGUUCAGCCUCAGAUAACCUGGAAAAGGGGCAAGGGGCUGAAGCUGUUGUUCAUCCCAGUAAAGGAAACCAGUCCACCAUAGAACAGUUUACUGGUUUUCAUCCCAGGGGGAUUUCCCGCCAACAGUCCCGCAAGAUUACCCGCCUUAUAGGUGAGCUCAUAGCCAUUGGGGGGGCUCCAUUUAACAUGGUGGAAGGGGAACCUUUUAAACGCCUUCUAAAGGCACUUGCACCCCAAUAUAUUGUACCAUCACGUACCACAUUCAGCAGAAGUAUAGUACCUGCUUUGUAUAAAUCGUGUGUGGAAAAGAGGAGCUGGGAAAAGCUGCUGGACAGUCUGUACAUCUAACCACUGACCUGUGGAGUGCUCCCAGUGGCCAGCAUGCUUUCCUAUCAUUGACCACACACUGGUGGCAGCCCAUUGUCACUGAACUUGCCCAAACCAAAUCAGGUCCAAGAAGCACAGGGGCUGGUGUUGAGAAUACAAAUCAGGGCCACCGCUCAUUCCUCCUCCAUGCAGAGGUAUUGGAUGAGCAGCACAGCUCACAAAACAUAACCAGAGCACUUAAAAAAAAUGGUGGAAGAAUGGCUUGGGGAACACGGAGAUACACAUCCGAAGAUGGGUUUCGUGGUGACUAACGGUGCAGCCAAAAUGAUAAAGGCAUUGCGUAAUGGCAACUUUGUAUGUGUGCGAUGCUCUGCACAUGUCCUCCAUCUUGUGGUGAAGGCCGGUUUGGAAGACACCUCAGAGAGCAACACAAAGCUCACAGGAGUUCUGGAUUCAUGUAGAAAAAUUGCAGGGCAUUUUCACCGGAGUGUUAAAGACAGCCACUUACUCAGACGGGAGCAGAGUAAGGCAGGUGUUCCUCAACACAGACUGAAACAGGAUGUUAGCACCCGGUGGAAUUCCACACUAGAAAUGCUGGAAAGAAUCCUAGAGCAGCAGAAACCCAUACAUGCAAAGUCCCAUGAAAAUUAUAUUGGCAUCACCAGAGCAUUUGGCAGGGAGGAGUGGACCUUAGUUGCUCAGGUGGUUGCUGUACUUAGCCCCUUUCGUGCGGUCACGGAAAAGUUAAGCCAGGAGAAGGCAAGUUUGGCGCAAGUCAUCCCUCUCUUUACUCAUCUGUUAACCAAAAUGGAUGCCUUCCUGAAUAACAGAGAGAAGUUGACUGGAGGCUAUAUAGUUGGUGAUGUUGCCACACUGGUAAGGAGACUCCAGGUCCUACUACAGCGUAGGAUUAAAGAGCUGACAGACACUUGCCCUGAUCUAAUGCUAGCCACCAUGUGUGACCCCCGGAUUAAGGGCAAAAUGGCUCUCCAAGCAAAUGCCCUAACAAGCUGGAGGGACAAAUUAAUCAUCAAGGUGUGUGACAGACAGAGACUAUUAGAUGUGGGACAAGAGAGGCAUGAUGAGGAGGAAGAAGCAGAGGAAGAUGAGCCUGCAGAAAUCUCAGCAACCAUCAGCAACACUGCUACAACCUCCUCAAGAGCUGCAGACUUUUGGGCAGAGACAUUGCAAAGCCUGGUUGGACAAACCAGACAACCCUCUCGGAUACCAAGAGACAAGGUGGCAGACAUGGUCAAAAUUUAUGUGUCUGAACCAAAUAUAUUUCCCACUGCCGAUGCCAUGAAAUAUUGGGACGAAAAGAGGGCUAUUUGGCCUGCUCUAAGCAUGGUGGCCCAGGAGCUCCUAUCCUGCCCCCCAACCUCUGUGCAAAGUGAGCAGGUAUUUUCUGUCACCGGGAACAUUCUAUGCCCACAGCGUUCUCAACUGUCCCCUCAGCUCAUGGAGCAGAUGACUUUUUUUAAAGUCAAUUUGCCAAAGUUAGGGUACCCAGCCCUAAACUUUGAAACAAGUUAAAAAGUUGAAGUUACCUCUUCAGUUAAAGUUGAACACUGCAGUUACCCUUGAGUUCAAGUUUCGUUAACAAGUUGGAAUGUUUUCCCGUUACUACCAGUUGUUUAAAAGUGAAGCAAGUGACAAGCUUAACAGCCCCUUCAAACAGGUGAGUGGUCUGUCAAUCAUCCCCUUCCCUCCUAAUAUCCCAUUAUUAAUUUUAGUUUAAUUUAUACCUUUCCAUCUUUCUUUCAGGAUUUAGGAAUCCUAUUGCUGGACCUUGAAGUGGGUGAAAAAAAGGAGUUUCUUUCAGCAAAUCACUGGGCUUGGAACUCUUGUUUUUGUGAUCGGUGGAGUUCAACCAUGGUGCGAUUCAUCCGGCGCAAUUCGCGCGACAUGUUCCUGUUCUCCUUGGCCAGCCUUUGGAUUUCUUUAGCAAGCUGCAGCACUCUCGGAUUCAGGCGACAUAUGAGGACCACCAAGGCCUGUCUCACUCCGACCCUCUGGCAGGAGAUGGUUCCGGAACUCCUGCUCCCACUUCCUGAAUUCCUUGUUUUUUUUUUAUUUUACGCAGGACGGUUG